CGUAGCGGAGAGAAUGUGGCAUUCAGGGAGCGGAGGGAAACCGGGAGGAGCGUCACUAGCGAGGAGUCCGACAAAAGUACUAAAACAUCCGAAAGUUCACGACUGCGGACAUCAAAUCAGAACUGUGUUCGGACGCGUUCGCAGAUCCUCGUCCCCGGAGGAGGAACCGGCAUUUUCCCGGAAUAUCAGCAAAAGGAGAAAAAAACUUCAAACUGCCGCCGCGAGAAAGUGAAAAGUUUCUGCCGUCGUUUCGCUAAAACAGACCCUGAGACCACCCCAACCCCUCUGAGAGCAGAGGACAUUACCUCCUCAGGUCUCCAUGGCCGCCUGCUCAGCAUGAGGCUGUGAGGAGGAUUUAAAGAAGGCUGGUCCAGACCCGAGCAUGGGGAAGGAGCAAGACCUGCUGCAAGCGGCAAAGACCGGAGACCUGCUGUCCACUCAGAAGCUGCUGUCCAAACUCAAAGCCAACAGGAACAAGCUGCUCGGGGUUCCACCCAAGCGGACUGAACGGAUCAACUACCAAGACUCAGAGGGGUUCUCGGCCCUGCACCAUGCCGCCCUCACAGGGACCACCGAGCUGCUCUCUGCUCUGCUGGAGGCCCACGCCUCUGUGGACGUGAAGGACAGCAACGGCAUGCGCCCCCUGCACUACGCUGCCUGGCAGGGGAAGGCGGAGUCGGUGCUCCUGCUGCUGCGCUCCGGCGCCGCGGUGAACGGCGCCUCUCUGGACGGACACAUCCCGCUGCACCGCGCCCAGUACGGACACUACAGAGUGUCUGAGAUGUUGCUGCAGCAUCAGUCCAACCCCUGUCUGGUCAACAAGGCCAAGAAGACUCCUCUGGACCUGGCCUGUGAGUUCGGGAGAGUCCAGGUGGCCCAGCUGUUGCUAAGCAGCAACAUGGUGGUGGCGCUGCUGGAAGGAGAGAGGAAGGAGCAGACAGACUCCGCCUUCAACCCGCUCCACCUCGCCGCCCGCAACGGGCACAAGGACUCAUCAGGUGUGUCCCUGGUCCUGUUUCAGUCUGCAUAGCUGGCUGCCGGCAUCGACAUCAACAAGAACACCAAGUCGGCGGCUCUCCACGAGGUCUUGUACGGGAAGACGGACGUGGUCCGCCUUCUGCUGGACGCCGGAGUGGACGUGAACAUCAGGAACACCUACAACCAGACGGCUCUGGACAUCGUGAACCAGUUCACCACGUCCCACGCCAGCAGGGACAUCAAGCAGCUGCUGAGAGAUGCAACGGGGGUCCUGCAGGUCCGAGCUCUGAAGGACUACUGGAACCUCCACGACCCGACAGCCCUGAACAUCCGGGCCGGAGACGUGAUCAUGGUGAUGGAGCAGCACGUGGACGGGCGCUGGAAGGGUCACAUUCACGACACCCAGAGGGGGAUGGACCGGGUGGGCUUCUUCCCCCCCUCCAUUGUGGAGGUCAUCAGCAGGCGGAGCGGAGCAGCGAGUGAGGGGCGCCCUCUCCGGCACUCCUCCCUACCCACGCAUCGCCAGCAGCAUCCAUCCAGAGCCCCCCUCUCCACGGGCCUAAGCUCCACCCCUCAGACGGACGACUCCUACACCUUGUACGCCCCCCCCACCCACGUUGUGCUGCCCCUAGCCAACGGCCUCAACGCCACAGGUUUGUGUUCGAGCAUCCUGUCUCAGUCCGGGUGUCCCUUUGAGGACAUCUGGGUCCUCAGAGACUUGUGUCAUGCGGGGGACCGGAACAGUGUCGGCAGCAACGGAAGCGUCGGCAGUACGCGGAGUGCCGGGAGCGGGAAGAGCACUGGCAGCAGCGCCCCCCCCAACGGACUCCAGCACCACGUCGGUCACCACGACAACGCCGGACAGCCAGCCCCCCCUGCUGGACACUCAGACAAACAUCUGGAUCCUCCUGCAGGUGGAGCUCCUCGGAGGCAGGCGGUGACGGUGCAAAGCUUCUCUCAGUGUGUUCGUCCUCAGCAGCUUCUGGAGGGGAAGGAUGCAGAAGCCAUCUACCAGUGGCUCAGGGACUUCCAGCUGGAGCAGUACAUCGGGAACUUCCAGGCCGGCUACGACGUGCCGACCAUCAGCAGGAUGACCCCCGAGGAUCUCACCGCCAUUGGAGUCACCAAACCAGGCCACCGCAAGAAGAUCUCCAUGGAGAUCAACAACCUGAGCAUCCCUGAGUGGCUGCCUGAGUACAUUCCGGCGGAUCUGGGCGAGUGGCUCAGCGCCAUCGGCCUCCAGCAGCACCACAAGAAGCUCUCUGAGAACGGCUACGACUCCAUCAGCAUCGUCAGGGACCUGACAUGGGAGGACCUGCAGGAGAUUGGCAUCAUCCAGCUUGGCCACCAGAAGAAGCUGAUGCUGGCGGUGAAGAAGCUGUGCGACGUCCAAAGGGCAAUCCAGCAGGAGGAAGCGGGCCUCGGCACACUGCGCCGCGCGGCCCCCGGGGCCCUCAACCUGGUCACCAUCGAGCCGCCUGACCCGGGGGGCGAGGGCUCCCCCCCCCCCACCCCGAGGAUGCUGAGCUUCCAGGACAGCGAGCUGAGCGCUGAGCUGCAGACGGCCAUGUACGGGGAGGGCUCGGCCAUCAGGAGCCAGGAGAAUAUGGAGACGCGGUCCAGAGGCUCCGGGCGCUCCCUGGACCCCCCCACGGCUUCCAUCAGCCCCCACAGCUGGUCCCAGGAGAGCCUGGAGGGCCGGAACCUCCCUGAGGGCUGGGACCAGAGGCCUCUGGCCAAGCAGGUCCCUCUGGGCACGGCCACCGUGUUCAAGUACCCGACCAUCGCGGCCAAGCCCAAGCUGGGCCCGCCCCCCCACGGCUCCCCGGCGCUGAAGGGCUUCAGCUACCUGCACUCUCACUGGGGUUCCACGGACCUGAGCUCGGCUCCCAGACCCGGGAACCACAGCAUGACCCUGAUGCCGCCCAAGAGGCGCUCGCAGGGCACGGCGCGCUACGCCCUGUCGGACGGGGAGCCGGAGGAGGAGGAGGAGCCUGUGUACGGCUCUGGGACGCUGGCGUCCUACGCCACCCUCACCCGCAAGCCCGGCCGCAGCCGGCUGGCCCGCCUGCAGGCGAGUCCGGAGAAGAGCGGCGGUGUGGGCCGCAGUCAGUCCUUUGCGAUACGCGCCCGGAAAAAGGGUCCGCCGCCCCCCCCACCCAAGAGAUUGAGCUCGGUGAGCAGCACCACCAGCGGGGAGCUGAGCGACAGCAGCACCACGUCGUCCUGCGGGGGGGGGCUGACGGACAGCCCGGUGAGCGUGAGGAGCAUCGCCGCCUCCCUGGAAGGCAAGAAUUCUCCCGGAUCCAAACCGGUUCUGGCUCGGCCGGAGGAGUCCCCUUCGUCCCCCCUCCAUCCCCUGGAACCAGAGCCCGGUGAUGCUGGCAGCGGGCGCAGGGGGGCGCGUGCCGAGUGCCUCCCCACCCGGACCGGCAGCGCGGUGGAGCGAGCGAGCAAGUCCGACUCCGAGGAAGAGGAGCCGAAAGACGGCAGACUGGAGGGGUCCUCGUCCCCCCAGAACAGCUCUAGCGAGUGCAUCCCCUUCGCCGAGGAGGGCAACUUGACCAUCAAACAGAGGCCCAAAGGCCCGGGCCCCCCCAGGGCCGAGGCAGUGCUGGAGACUCCGGAGAAUCAGGCCUCCAGGGGACCCGAAGUGCCCGAGUUCAACCUGAAGGAGUCGGACACAGUGAAGCGCCGCCACAAACCCAAAGACCAGGAGGGCGGAGGGGGCUCCCCCUGCCGGGAGGGGGGCUGCCGGGUCGAAGACUGUUUGAAGAUCAGGGAGGCCGGCGCGGAGAGGCCGGACAGUCCGGCUCUGGGGUCCCCCAUCAGACCCGUCCACUCUCCAAAACCUGCCAUGGCCCCAAAACCUGUCCGGCACAGCAUGCUGACAGCAGCUGGCCUCCCUUCUACAUCAGUGACCGUCAGUGUGAUUCAGAGUGUGGCCUUCACCUCUCCCUCCUCCCCCGUUGGUGGAUCUCGGGGCCCAGCCCCCCCAUCCCCCAACAGUCCCUCGCUGGCGGCGGCAGGGCCGCAGGUGUGCGUGGUCGGCCCGGGUAGCGGCCCAGAGUUGUCCUGCGGGACGGAGGUGGUCCAGCAGAGACUGGAUGAGACCAGCACGUCUCUAGAAGCAGCUCUGAAGGCCGUCGAGAGGAAACUGGAGGACAACUCAGACGGUGGGUCGAACACGGUGAAGUCCGCCGGAACGAUUCUAGACGACAUCGGCAACAUGUUCGACGACCUCGCCGACCAGCUGGACGCCAUGUUGGAGUGAGGAGAAGGACUUGAACUUCCUUCUGACAGGUUCUGGUUCCAGCGUGACUCUGGAACCAGAACCGGACUGAAGUCGGACCGCCGUGUUCUUCUCUCCGCCCACUGAGACAAGAACAUUAUGAGGAUUAUUGUCAUAAGCCCAUAUUGUUCCAUGAAGCCCAAGGUCAAGGAGCGUACUUCAGAACAUAUCUGACGUACUUGUACAUGUUCUACUGUAUACUUCUACUACACCUCAGAGGUAAAUAUUGUCCACCAAUAAAUGAUGAGGUAUUAUUGUAGAUUAUAUAAAAUCAUGAAAAUAAACAUUAAUAAUAUUUAUAAUAUAUAUUAUUCCGCAUGAUGAGUACUUUUACUUUUUUAUUCUCUAAAUAUUGUAAAUGCAGUCUUUUUAACUUCCCAACUAAUAUAAAAUAGAAUAAGAAUUAAAACGAUUAGGAAUUAAAACUAUCCCCAUAAAUGUUUAAAGCUUUGGAUCAGAACUUCGACUCCCCAGUAAAACUGUUUUUAUAACAUUUCAAAUUCUAUUUUAUCUGUGUUUUUGUGUCCAAAGGGAAGCAUGUCGCUGGUGUACAAACUAUUUUUUGAUAUUCAUUUUAGUCAAAUUUGUAUUUAAAUGAGCGGCAUCUAAAUAUGUGUAUUGCACACUAGAGGUGUCGUACAGGAGGAGAUAUUCAACCAAAGUCUGUAUAGAUUUACACGAGUCCUGUGUGUGUGUGUGUGUGUGUGUGUGCGUGUGUGUGUCUCUCAUCUCCGUCUGCAUUAUUUGUUUAACAAUGAAAUAUCUACGAUGUUACACUACUCAUGUUUUUGUAAUUGACCAAUAUUAUACUAUAAAUGUCAACACGUGUGUAUAUAUGUAUAUAUGCAUAUACAUGUGUGUUUAUAUAUAUAAUGAGAUCAUGUUUGAUAAAUAUUCAUGUUAUGUCCAGAAAAAGUUUCCUCAUAUUUUUCUCCUUUUAAAGUCGUCUGUUCUAAAGAUUCGUGUUGCCAAAAGAUAAUAAAAGGUAAAGAGCUC